CUUUUUUCCUCCUCCUCUUCACAUGUUCCUUAUCUCUCUCACAAUCUCACUCCAUCCUCCAUACCCCCAUCAAAAUUUCCUCUUUUCACUCCCCAACUCCGUCUCUCUUCUCGUCUAAUGGCUUCCACUAACUCUCUCCACUCCAUCCGCCACCGUCACCACCACCACCAUAAUCUUCCCCACCGCCACCAUUCCUCUUCCAUUCUCUCUUCCCCGCUCUUCCCCAAAACCAUCACCUUCAACUCCUCUGCCUCUCUCUCCUCUUCUUCCACCACCACCACUAUCGCCUUCUCUCUCUCCCCCGUCACCUCUUCCUCCACUUCCACCACUCAACCCCUCUCCUUCGACCAACUCCGUCUCCACCUCGCAGCCGGUGACUUCCGCCAAGCCGACGAAGAGACUCGCCGCCUCCUCAUCGUUCUCGCCGGCGACGCUGCUCAGAAGCGCGGCUACAUCUUCUUCUCUGAGGUCCAAUUUAUCUCUGAAACUGAACUCAAAACCAUAGAUGCACUCUGGAGGCAAUACAGCGAUAACAAGUUCGGGUACAGCGUGCAGAAGAGGAUAUUUGAGAAAACAGAGAGGGACUUCACCAAGUUUUUCCUCAAGGUUGGUUGGAUGAAGAAGCUCAACACGGAGGUGGAACAAUACAAUUACAGGUCUUUUCCCACUGAGUUCAUUUGGGAACUCAAUGAUGACACCCCUGAGGGUCACUUGCCUCUCACCAAUGCCUUGAGAGGGAUACAGUUGCUUGGCAGCAUUCUCGGCCAUCCAGCCUUCAGUGCUGCAGAGGAGGAAGAUGACGUUGAGGACACAGCAAGCGAUAAAGGGUCACCCAGUGGAGUCAAGGAUAAGGAGGCUGUGUCGAAGCCAUUCACUAAGAGAAUCUUCAAACCAGAUUAUAGCUUCUGAUUAGUUAUGAGGAGAGCUAUACCGGUCACCAUACACCCGCUAAGUACACACAAAUUAAAUUAAUAGAACUUGGGUAUCCAUAUCAAUUAAUUUAUUAAUGAAAGCUGUUGCUAGAUUGUAUUGUACCUUUUCUGUUUUUUCCCCCUCUUCUGUCUUCAUUAUUCAAAAAUGCCUAUCUUCCUCCAUUAUCGAAAGGCAUCAAUGGCGAAGAGAGGCAUCGAUAUCUUUUUUUCUCCUUUUAUAGAGGAGUCUAGUGGUGAAAGUGGAAACACAAGGCGCGAAUCUAUAAUGAGACAGGGUAUUAUUCAAUGUGCAAAUGAACGUACAAAGGCGAAGCCUGCCUUCUUGUUUUUAUUACAGUUGCGAUUAUAACGGAUGCUAACUGUGUUGCUCUUGAA